AACGCGAAAUCGUUUCCUCUGUAACCACUACCGUCCGUCGUCCAGUCCACCCACGCGGGCGAACAGUGAAAGGCAUCGUCUCCGUCUCGUGACUCGUGAUCGCUGGACUGCCGCCGCCCGCCGCCCUCAGCUUAGCUCAAUGAUUGGGAGCACCAAGCCGCUCGCGGCGCCGCUGCACCCGCCGUACCCCUCCGGUCGCCGCCUCGCCCCCCCGUCCUGCGCCCCUGAUUCCUCCCCAGCUCUCACCCCCGCCGUCGAGAGGCCAGGUCAGUCUCAGUCUGACGGCGCCCCGCCGCCACCACGCCCGGAUGAGGUCGCCUCGUCCCUCGCGCUGCGCGCUAGCCCGCAACUCAAUCGGUGGUCCCGCUCGCGGGCGCUGCGGUCGAACCGCCGGCCUGGGCUGGAAAGCGCGCUCUCCUCGUCCUCGGCGGCGUCGGUGACCAAGACGUCGCGGCCCGAGGACGCUGCGGUGGCGGUGGAGGAUGGCGAGGACGACGACGUGUGCGUAGAGACGGACGCCGCGGGCGGGAAGGCCAUCUACAUAGUAUCGGACGGGACCGGGUGGACCGCGGAGCACUCGGUGAACGCCGCGCUCGGACAGUUUGAGCACUGCUUCGUCGACCGCGGCUGCGCUGUCAAUACCCACCUCUUCUCCAUGAUUGAUAACAUGGAUCGACUUCUUGAGGUAAUAAAGCAAGCAGCAAAGGAAGGGGCACUGGUUCUAUAUACCCUUGCUGAUCCUUCAAUGGCUGAGUCAACUAAGAAGGCCUGCGAUUUCUGGGGUGUUCCAUCGACUGAUGUUCUACGGCCUACUGUUGAAGCAAUUGCUUCUCAUAUGGGUGUUGCUCCAUCUGGAAUUCCACGAAGUUCUCCUAGUCGACAGGGUCAGUUAACAGAGGAUUACUUUCGACGGAUUGAUGCUAUCGAUUUUACCAUCAAACAAGAUGAUGGGGCUCUGCCACAGAACCUCAACCGUGCAGACAUUGUACUUGUCGGCGUUUCACGUACAGGGAAGACACCAUUGUCAAUAUAUCUAGCUCAAAAGGGAUACAAAGUGGCAAAUGUCCCAGUUGUGAUGGGAGUGGAUCUUCCAAAGACUCUUUUUGAGAUCAACCAAGACAAGGUUUUUGGAUUGACAAUAAACCCAGUGGUUCUUCAAGCAAUUAGAAAGACUAGGGCCAAAGCUCUAGGUUUUGGUGAUGGGUAUCAGAGCAAUUAUGCUGAAAUGGACCAUGUGAGGCAGGAACUGCUCCAUGCAAAUCAAAUUUUCGCCCAACAUCCAAUGUGGCCAGUCAUUGCGGUCACUGGAAGAGCUAUAGAGGAAACAGCUGCUGUCGUUGUGAGGAUUCUCCAAGACAGGAUACAGAAGUACUCCAUGCCACGCAUAUCAAAACGGUACUAAGGGCACGUUUGGUUUCAUUAGUCUCUGUUUGGUUUCAGGGACUAAAAGUGUUAAGAACUCAUUAAAUUACUCAUAAGAAUACUAAAAUGUCCUUUACCAUUCUUCCGCCAUUACUCUUCUUCCACUGCAAUAGAAAUAAAUAAGGGGCAAAAUGUGGAAUUAAUAUGGUUUAGUCCCUUUUAGUCAUCCCUUGAGGGACUAGAUACUAAAGCAGUUUAGUCUCUAUUUUAGUCCUACUGUUUAGCAAUUUGGGGACUAAAUGAGACUAAAAUGCAGGAAAUAAUCUUUAGUCUCUGAAACCAAACAAAUCCUAACAUUGUGUUCUAUCUCUUCUACAACUUGUAAUGUGUGCAUGUUUUGUUGAGCUCUGUGUCAAGCACCAUAGCCUUUAUGUUUUUUUGUCAGACCACCUUCUAGGUGGCGUUUGUAUCUUAAAGGCAACUUGAGAUUUAGCACAACAGAAACAUAUGUAUAUUGUAUUUACGACAUUCUAUUGGCCUUACUUUAUUUGGUCGUUAGUGAAUUGUAUAUCAGGUGAAAUAGU